GAAGAUGAAACGUCCGAGUUUGGUGACAGCUCGGCUCCGGUGCAAUUGGUUCCGAAAUCGAUGCUCGCCGAAAAUCUGGAACGGGCGCGUGUCGCAAUCGGCCGGCUUGAGGAGAUGUUUAUCAUAAAUCCGUUUGUGCAGAACCAGGAAAUAAUGCACAAGCUAAUGCUUGUGUACAAAAAGUGCCGCAAUCUGGACCGGCUUAUGAAAACCAACUUUUUCCACGAGGAACACUUUAUGGGGCUUGUGGAGCGUGUCCGUAAAUCGAAUAACCAGACGACGGCGGAACGAGUGCAGGAUCAGAAAAAUCGAUUGUUCAACGAGAAUCCAAGCCAGACCGCGGUUGGAACACCAAAAACGCCAACAACACCAACGACAGCGGCGUUCGAGACACUCGAACAUGGUGGAGAGUGGAGGCAAGAAAGUACACCGAAAGUUAAUCGGGAACCAUUCUUCAGUCCAUCGCCAGUUUCCGAUAGUGCCGUGACGAGCGCAAAGGACAAAAUGAAUGCUGCAGUAGCAGCGGCACUAGCAGCGUCACCGUCUGGGGCUAACGACAAUGCCAGCCUUUUCAAUAUGCAACUCGACUACGUGAACGUCUACAUGAACAUGAACGAUGAUCUCAACAAUACGAGCUCGGUGUUCGAUCUGGUUGCCAAUGAUGAUGGUGACCAGUGUGCAGAGAAUGACGAGGGGCACGAUGCAAAUGAAAAAUGUGUUCCAGCAAAGCUCUGUUCGCUCCUGAAAACCCAGCUCCGUAAGGUGCUAGAGGUGAUCAACGCGCGCUACUCUAUGGAGUGUGCCUUAAAGGAGAUUGUUACGAUCGUGGAAAUGCAGGUACCAUCUUCUUCCCAACCAGUCUCGCCCCUAGCUGCCACUCCUAAUUCGCCCGAGGCACCAUCCGAAGUGACGACGCCGACGCAGGUGGAGGGUAGUGAAGUUGCGUUACCAGCGGCGGAGCAGGUACCACCGGAGCGUUUCCAGAUUCUUGAAUCUGCGCCAACCUCGCACAAGUACCAUCUCACGGUCUUCCAGACGAGCAAUGCCCAAAGUUUUUACAAAGCUGUUCAGCGAGAACAUUGGCUACUGCGAACGGGAUUGCCACCGGGGGUGUGGGUGCGUAGCUUCGAGGAUCGGCUCGAUCUGCUGAGCGUCAUGAUUGAGGGUCCUAAGAGGACACCCUACGAAGGCGGACUGUUCCUGUUCGAUGUGCAACUCGGGCUGGACUAUCCCCGGAAGCCUCCGCUUUGCCACUACAUCAGCUACUGUAGCGAUCGAUUGAACCCUAACCUGUACGAGGAUGGUAAAGUGUGCGUUUCACUGCUUGGCACGUGGUCCGGUCGUGGCUCGGAGCUCUGGAGCUCUACCAGUACGCUGUUGCAGGUCAUUGUAUCCAUCCAGGGGCUUAUCUUGGUGGCGGAACCGUAUUACAACGAGGCUGGCUAUGAAAAGCUACGAGGCUCCCAGCAGGGAAAAGAAAAUUCUCGUAUGUACAACGAAAUGGUGCUGUUGAAGCUGCUACAAUCGAUGACAAAACUGAUGUCGAAUCCUCCGGAACUGUUUCGAGAGGAAAUUUUGUCACAUUUCCGAACGUCGGGGCAAGCCAUGCAUCAACGCAUCAAAUCCUGGAUGGAAAUGUCUAAUGAUUUCCAACGUCGAGCAAGCACUUCAGACGAGAAAGGUGAGCAAGGUGAUAUACCCACACCUCCUGAAUCUCAAUCAACUGGCAACACAUGUACGUCAAGCACCAAGGUAGAUAGUGUAACGCAAGCGGUCAAUGGAGACUCUGUGGCGGAACCCGACUUUCCUCUCAUUCCGGCUAGCCGUGGUUUUUGCCUAACACUUAUUGGUUUGCUGGAGACAUUCCAAAAGCAAUUGCAACAGCUGCCGACCGCUGGACAGUAGUUGAGUCGCACCUGGGAUAGCCAAGACAACCGCUAAGUGGUUUUGGUGACCGUUGCCUUGGUCAUCUUUAUAUUAGUCACACAAAUGUGGUUUGUGCUUCCUACUGCUAUGAAGCCUGUUGUGCUACUUCUUCCAUCAGCAUAGUUUUUAGGGUGUUUUGCAACCGAAUGUUAUUUUUGGGAUGUUUGUCCCAAAAAUAAAAACAAUGCACUACACUUCACGGCCAUGGAUUACGCGCUUCACAUAAAAUCUUCUGAUGCUCGUCCACUAAGGGGUGGUCGAGGGGCGUAGUUAUUGUCAGUUGAGAUCUUCUUAAAAUCGCAUUAGGUAAGAAAUUGGUUUGGGACACAUUUUCCUAGAUCAACUUUCAUACACAAAAUCGGCUUAGUUUAUAUUUAUUUAGCCAGUUGUUAGAGAUCUCUGCUUGAAGCUAUACAUGGAAUAAUUUAUUUGAAGCAUCUUGAAUUAUAUGUUAUUACUGAUUAUGCUACAGCUUUAAAAGUUUGCUCUAGAACGAAAAUGAAUCAAAAAAAUCUUUCGUUUACCAUCACACGCACAAUAUUUGAGCUAGUAUCAUGAUAUGCGUUUCAUCGUUGAUGGGUUUGCUCUAUCAACUUACGCACAUUUUUUCACGCCAAGCUUACGGUCACGGUGUGGUUGAAAUGGUUGACUCUUAGUUCCUAGUUUACACAUAUCAUACUCAUGAAGAUUAUUAUUACUAAGUAUGGAUAGUUCUGUCAUGGCAAUCCAUUUUGUUAGCACAUUUAUUCCCUUUCCUUACGGUUUGAUGAUCUAUCGCUCCGCUUUAUAGCAAAUUAUGUAUUGUUGCGGUUGUAAUCGCUUUCACCUUUAUGUUAAUAUGCUCAACGAUAAGCACAGUGCAACUCGCAAUACAAGAAGUAAGACACAUUGAUCAAAUGCUAAAUGUGGGCGAUAAAGAAAUCGUAUUAGAUCGCAUGAUACGUGAUGUGUCGUAAAUGCCGUGCCUACUUUGCAUCAAUUAAAAAUCUACAGUGUGUUAGUAAAACAGCAUACAGGAUGGUAAGAUUAAGCGACAGAUGUAAUCAAAAAGGGAGCCUGCACGGGAAGGAGGAAAUCUGUAAAGAGAAUAAAACAAAUUAGCAGUGCAAGGGAAAAUGCACAAUGAACAAUAAUUGACCGUAAUGGUCAUAUUCGGCUUACAGAAGAUAUGAAUGAAAAGAAUUCAAAGAACGGAAUUAAAAGAAAAAAAAACAAAGUUUGAAAAGAUUAUUCUAAAACGAAACAAAAGAGCGAAAAACUGAAGGAUAAAUGUCAGGAAGUCAUUGAAAGCAUAGUAGAAGAUAUAAACAAAUAAUAGGAAUCAAAAAAGUUGAUAGAAGCAGCAACGCAGUAGUCAAGGUUCUGCUCACAAGUUUAAGCACGUUAAGCCGAUCGUGAGGUGAAAUCAAGUAAUAGUUGGAGACAAUGCAGCGGCGCAUCGGACAUCCAAUCACGCACAACUCACGCGACAGACGACUUUGAAACCAAAAAUAGUAGCAGAAUAUUUUAAUAAUCACAAUCCGAGCCCAGUUUAGGAGGAAUAACCACUAGUUGGCAACGUUCGAUGAGAAGAUGCUUUAACGCACGGACAAUUGCUCGAAAACCUAAACCCCCUUACGAUUGCUGAAUGAAUGCUGCUAAAUACCACUGUCUAGCCUAAACGCUGGAACUAUUUACUAAAUUCUUAGCUGGGCAACCGCUUAACCGCCCAAGCUGACCUGUGUGGAAGAUGAACAAAGUUGUGAGGAAAAGAAAAGACUGUUGCUACGGACGGACACUUGGCCAUUCCGUUUGUGCAGGAAUCGGAUAGAGACUUUGUGCUACAUAUGUCGCACAAACACCCAUACGCAUACGCAAGGCAGAUACGGUGUUACUCGUUAAGAUGAAAGUGCGGUCUCCGUGCAGGCAACGUGGUAAAGUAUGCCAUCAACUGUUAUACUGUUUGCACUAUCCAGCCAGAUACCAAGAAAAACUACUAGCAAACGUUCUAUUGUGAGGCUAGGCAGCCACUACCUUAUCCUAUGCCUCCCGAAACGUGUUCUCUGUUUUAUAAGAGCACUACUGUUAUUCCCCUUCGUUCCUCUAAACAGUAACACAAACCGACUUUACUCCGCCGAUUAUUCCAAAGAUUAAGAACAAUUUCUAAUAGCUUUGUUUGCUACUGUAAAUGUAAAGAAAGAGCUCACUCAGAUACCAUAGUAGUUGAUGUAUGAUGGCGGGAGUAGUCAGAGAUAUAGAAGAGAGGUAAUUGCAACUGGUUAAUCUUUUCCAUUUUGUUCCUGUUCAAAAUGCAAAAAAGUACGCAUCGCAGAUUACUGCCUAUCCGCCGAAGAACAACGACUCGAAACGUAUAGUUGCCAUUAGAUUUGAAUGCUUCCAUUGAAUGGUGGUGGCUUCGUUAAAAGGAGGACGACAUUACUAAGAAAGCUAGAAUACUUAGUCGUCAGUUACGCACCACGACGGGAGCUUAAUACACACGUACACACACACAUACACAUACAAAGAAAAGGAAGUUCAUGAGGAAGUAUUCGGAAAAUUUCAAACUGCUCUCUAUGCUUUUUGUGGAUUAAUGAAAAGAGAAAUCGGUGUGUGGAUAGAUGGUCCUCAGAUUGUUGAGUGCACCUGUUGAAUGAAAUAAAGCGAAUGAAGACAUCCGUGCAGAAGAAAAAAUAUCUCAUUUUUACUGUUUCUAUUGAACAAGGGCUACGAUGUAUCGAACGAUGUUGCUGUUCUGGUUAUCUUUAGCUAUCUGCUUUAUCGUUUCAGCUCAGCUAACGGGGUAAAAACAAAAUCUUUGGAGGAUUAUCAGCAGUAGUGAUAAGUUCGGUGUUCUAGCUACGCGACGAGAGGAUAUCGUAUUGGUUGCAUCGUAUGUUUAAAUCCCACGAUCGUACGAGCGCUUUAAGUACAUGGAACCCCUAAUAAGUGACCCUCUGCAUACAUAUGUAUGCGCUA